AUGUAUGUUAGGUUCAAUGCUCAGAAGGUAGGAUUUUUAGGUGGAUGCAGGCCAUUUAUAGGUUUAGAUGGGAGGCCAAAGGAGCUUCAGUUGGUCUUCAUUUCUGAUAGGCAAAAGGGGUUUAUACCUGCAAUAGAGACACUAUUCCCUACCGUGGAGCAUAGAUACUGUGUGAAACACAUCUACAACAAUUUCAAAGUUGAUCACAAGGGAUUGAAGCUGAAGGAUGCAUUGUGGAGGUGUGCUGCUGCCACAAUAGUAAGGGAGUUUGAGAGAUGCAUGCAGUACAUAAGGGAUUUGGAUGAAAAGGCAUAUGAGUAUCUUGCAAACAUUGCACCUGCACAGUGGACAAGGUCACACUUCACUCCUAGGGCCUUAACAGAUUGUUUGGUAAAUAAUUUGGGUGAGUCUUUUAAUGCAAUGAUAUUGAAGUCUAGGGACAAGCCUAUCUUGGCAAUGUUGAAGUGGAUUAGGGUUAGACUUAUGACUAGGCUUUACACAAAAAGAGAAGGGAUACAGAAGUAUGCUGGAAAGUUGUGUCCAAGCAUACAAGAUAGGUUGGAGAAAUUGAAGGUUGAAAGUAAGGCAUUUAGUGCUACCCCAGCUGGUAGUUUCCUUUAUGAGGUAGGCAGUCAGUAUGAGAGGCAUGUAGUUGAUUUGGUGAAGAAGACAUGUAGCUGUAAGUCUUGGGAUUUAAAUGGAAUUCCCUGCAAACAUGCCAUAAUAGCCAUUUAUACAAACAUUGAGACACCAGAAGACUAUACCCACCCAUGCUACUUCAAAGAAACUUACAUGGAGAUAUACAAGGAGGUACUUCCUCCCAUGCCUGGCCAGUCAGAAUGGGCUGAGACUGGAUAG